UGCGUGCGGCGGCGUCGGGCUGCAGGCGAAGAUGGCGGUCUCCACAGGAGUUAAGGUUCCUCGUAAUUUUCGCUUGUUGGAAGAACUUGAAGAAGGACAAAAAGGAGUAGGCGAUGGUACAGUUAGCUGGGGCCUUGAAGACGAUGAAGAUAUGACACUUACAAGGUGGACAGGCAUGAUUAUUGGGCCACCAAGGACGAAUUAUGAAAACAGAAUAUAUAGCCUGAAAGUAGAAUGUGGACCUAAAUACCCAGAAGCUCCUCCAUCAGUUAGAUUUGUAACCAAAAUUAAUAUGAAUGGAAUAAAUAAUUCCAGUGGAAUGGUUGAUCCACGAAGCAUACCAGUGUUAGCAAAAUGGCAAAACUCAUAUAGCAUUAAAGUUGUACUUCAAGAGCUAAGACGUCUAAUGAUGUCCAAAGAAAAUAUGAAGCUUCCACAGCCACCAGAAGGACAAACAUACAAUAAUUAAUUUUAAUGGAUCUCAAACUUGUCUUAAAUCAACAACCUUCUACUCAUGUUAAUGUCUUGAUUAAAUAUCACAAUGCAAAAUACAUAUUAAGUAAAAGAAUUCCAGCUGGCAAAACAUGACCUGGACAUUUAUAAGAAUAUAUAUAUACACACACUAUGUUUUCAGGUGACAGGAGAAAAGAUGCAGCACUUUUUUUUUCUCUUGUUAAGGCAUUGUUAUUUAGGCAUAAACCUGGAGUGCUCACAUAUAGGAUUCAGGUUUUCAAGAUGAAAGCAUGGUGAGAAGUGUCAGAUGGCUGUGGUAGCAUGUAUGUUUCUGAAGUUAUCGCUCCAGAAGAAAACCAGAAAUGGCAUACUUUAUCCAUCUUAGUGAAAGCUAAGUUUAAAUUGUCUAAAGUAUCAGGUAAAAUGAAUAUUGUCACAAAUUGUGUUUUAAAGCAGUGUGGGUGCUGAUUAAGUAGUAGUAUCAAAAGUAAGUUCAGGAUUGUUUUGAUACCUGUAUUUAUAAUUAUAAAAAAUGUCAUGGGGAGGUCAAUGGAUUUCUGUUAAAAGCUGUUUUUGUGUGUUAUAUGUAAUAGACAUGGUAAAUAUUUGUUUACAGUCUUUGACAAACCAUGCAUAUAAGUUUUAAGUGAAAUCAACAAAAAGGAAAUAGGUGUAUGGCAAUGUGAUUUUGAGAUUAAAUUUAGUCUUGAAAUGUAAAUAAAAUGUGGAAA